AUGACACGCAUUUUAGUAUUAGUAUGUAUGUUACUGUUGGUGUUGGAAACAAUAUCAUAUCCAGUAAGUAGACGUAAAAGGCAGUAUGAUUAUUGUAGUAGUUAUUAUGACUAUGAAGCAAGACAGCAACAAUAUGAAGAAGAAUAUCAACAAGAAGUAGAAAGGGAGCAACAAGAAGAACAACAAUAUGAGUACGAACUUCAACAAGAAGAACAACAAUACGAAUAUGAAAUGGAUCAGGAAUUGCAGCAGUAUGAACAGCAGAUGCAAGAUGAGGAACAGCAGUAUGAACAAGAAUAUGAACAGGAAAUUCAACAAGAAUAUGAACAAGAGCAACAGUAUGAACAACAAUACGAAGAAGAGAGGCAACAAGAAGAACAACAGGCUUAUGAGUAUGAAAUGCAACAGGAAGAACAAGCAUAUGAACAAGAAAUGCAAGCCGAGGAACAGGCGUAUGAACAAGAAAUGCAGGCAGAAGAGCAGGCCAUGGAAGAACAAGCUUACGAACAGGAAAUGCAGGCCGAAGGUCAAGCUUACGAACAAGAAAUGCAAGCAGAGGAAGAGGCUAGAGAGGAAGCUGCCGACGAAGCUGAUGUACAGUGA